UAUCUGAUAAUGAUCAUCAAUUAGUAAAUUAAAGAAAAAGCAAUGGUGUUUACCUCUUUCAUUCAUAGAUAAUAACCCUAUUCCUUCUUCUCUAUUGUUUAUAAAUAUAUUAUUAGUAUGCAGUUAAAAUUAUGCCAAAAAUAGAUUUAAAUUUGGUAACUAGCACAAAUACAAAGGAUCCUAAAGAUACCCCAAAAGAGAAAGAACAUAGAACUAUUCGAGAAAUGGCUAUAAUGCAUUUAUUACAGCAUCCCAAUAUAUGUAAACUUAAAGAAUGGAUUAUUCAUGAAGGACAUUAUUAUAUGUUUUUAGAAUAUAUUGAAGGAGGUCAAUUAUUAGAUUAUAUUAUUAGUCAUGGAAAACUUCGAGAAAAGUUAGCAAGGAAGUUUGCAAGACAGAUAGUAAGUGCUUUAGAUUAUUGUCAUAGAAAUUCAAUUGUACACAGAGACUUGAAGAUUGAAAAUAUUCUUAUUACAACGAAUGAAGAUAUUAAAAUUAUCGAUUUUGGUCUUUCAAAUAUUUAUUCACCAAAUAGAUUAUUAGAUACCUUCUGCGGUUCUCUUUAUUUUGCUGCUCCAGAGUUAUUACAAGCUAAAAAUUAUAAUGGACCGGAAGUGGAUGUCUGGAGUUUUGGUGUUGUAUUGUAUGUACUUGUAUGUGGGAGAGUUCCAUUUGAUGACACAAAUUUACCUGCAUUACACAAAAAAAUUAAAGAAGGAAAUGUAGAAUAUCCAGAACAUCUUAGUAAAGAUUGUAUUGAUUUAUUGUCUAAAAUUUUAGUCGUAGAUCCUUUAAAGAGAGAGACUCUUUCAUUUGUCAUCCAUCAUCCCUGGAUGAAUAAAGGUUAUGAUGAGCCUAUCUUUAAUUACUUACCUCAUCGCACUCCACUUACUUCUAUUGAUCCGCAAGUGAUAUGCGGCAUGCAAGGCUUUGGUCUCGGUACUCCUGAUGAAAUUGAAGCAAAAUUAUUACGUAUCAUUUACUCUCCUUCAUAUCAAUUUGCUGCUGCUCAAAUAGAACAAAACUCUUUAUUGAAUCAAACAACUACAGCCGCUGCAACAUCAACAACAGCAACAGCAACAGCAGCUACAAUAACUACUUUAAAUUCAAUGUCAAAAUGGCGUCGUAAUCUAUCACUUAGGAAAUCAUUUAAAUAUCAAAAGAAGAAAAAGGAUGAUCCUCAGUCAUUACCUGCUAUGUAUGAUCCACUUAUUUCUAUCUAUUAUCUUGUAAAGGAAAGGAAAGAGUUGGAUGAAAGGAAUCGAUUAUUAGAAAGUGAAGGUUAUCAAUCCCCUGUUCAACUUGGGAGAUCUGCUAGUACUUCAUUAGCAAAGCCCUCUAUACCAAAGCAACCUGAAAUAUUAAAAGAGGUUCAUAUACAACGUCGAAAGACAGAUCGUAUACCCCCUUCUUAUAGACGUGAUAUAUUAAAGCAACAUAUCCAACAAGAGGAUUGGGCUUCACCUAAACCUCCUGAAUAUAAAUCAAAUUCAAUUACUUUAUCGCAACGUAGUAAAAGUACAGCAAAGAGACAUGGUCAUACUACCACAUCCUCCUCUCUUACUGCGACUAACAUCAAUCAUCAUUUGUCUAGUAAGAGAAAAGAAGAAGAAGAAGAGGAAGAGAAAGAGAAAGAGAAAAUAGAUAAUGUAGAAAGAGGAGCUACUCGUGAUAAUGAGGAUCCUAGUUUAUCUUUAUUGAAAGUACGUUCUUCUUCUACAGUUGCUAUGUCUAGACCUAUGACUCAUCAUUCCUCCAAUGAUGAUACAGGUUCUUCUAUUAAAAAGAAGACAAUACGUUUAUUAAGAUCAGCUUCUUUAUCAGAUAAACGAUAUAGACAACAAAAACAACAAUCAGCUAAUCGAGUUCAAUUUUCUUCUGUAGAACAACAACAAAUACCGAGCAUCGCUACACAGCCGAAAAGUUUAUUUAAUUUUAAUCGUCGUCAUUUAUUUAAAGUAUCUGCAAAUGAUAUGAUGACAUACAUUCAACAAGUAACACUCAAGUUAGGUAUUCAAUACUACAUUCCUUUUCCAAGAGAAGAGCCCUUUACGUUAAAAUGCGUAUUAUCUGAUUGGUCGAGAUAUAAAAAAUAUGAAAUAGAUGAAGAUCUUGAACCUUCUCAACCACCCACAGAGGCUCACUUUACUCUUACGAUCUAUCAAGCAAGAUGGGCAAGAGGAAGAUUAGGUGUCAAAGUACAUGAAGCAGAAGAAGAUAAAACGUUAUAUAAACGUAUACAUCAUACCAUUGUGAAUGAACUUGGCCUUUUAAUUAAAAGCCAGUAAUAAAAAAAAAAA